ACACUUGGGCUUAUAUUAGGGAGUCAGGUUGCCCCCGUCUCUUUCUUUUUACCGUCGCUUUUCAUUUUCACCGUCUCUUUUUAACACUGUUUCCUUGUCUCAGCCAUCACUCGUCCGGAGGUGUCUGACGAACAGAGGGAUUUCAUCCGUCGGAUACUCACCAUCUCACUUGAGCAACGUAGGUGUAGGGACUUGAUAACCCUAGACACUCUACAUUUGUAUUGUGGUGGUCCUGAGCCGACGGUCGAAGCACGGAAGUUGGAAGAAUUUUCAAGAAAACAGAUGGAGGCUGCGAAGCAAAGGGUGAGGGCCGCUGCCGCCCGUAAGAAGGAAGAAGAUAAAGCUAAGGGGAAGGAUGGAGCGUCAACUCCUCAUUCCUCUUUGAAGGGCUCAAUCAAGAGGAAAUCUGACGGAAAGGAUGAUCCUCCUUCCAAGAAGGUGGCCGUCACUCCUACGGACGCGCCCUCCCAGAAGUCACCUCCCAAGCUUAGUCACGGUGCUGGGAAAGGAGUGAUGACUUCUUCUGGUCCUGUCGUUGAGGGGCCCCGUUGCUUGCUGACUCACAAAGAUCAUGCUGUCGAGAGUCUGGAGUCUCUUAUCAAACAGACGGAUCUGGAUCCUUGUGCUCAGCUUGGGACGGAUGACCUGGGGGCGUCAGCCUUCUUUGAUAUUGCACGGGCCUUGGUUCGUGUUAAAGCACUCCAAGAUCGUUGCAUGGCCAAAGAAGGCGUCGUCUCUCGGGUGAGGAGGCACAACUCCACCUUGAUGGAUCAGCAGGCGCAAUACAAGGAGGCCGUCCGUCUCUUAAACACAGACCUGAAGGAUGUGAAGGAGAAGCUAGGAGAAGCAGAGGGUGAGCAGAAGAGACUUGAGGAGGAGGUUUCGUCUCUGCGUGCGCAGGUGGUGACGGCUGGGGCUGACGCAGUUGAAAAGUUCAAGACAACUCAGUCCUUCAUCGACUCUUGUGCUGAUUACUAUGGCGCAGGUUUUGAUGAUUGUCUGAAGCAAGUGUCGUUAGCUUAUCCGGAGCUGGAUCUGUCUGGAAUCACCAUGGACACUUCCGUUCCAAUGACUCCUGCCGCUGACAGAGAUGACGAACCCCUUAGCUUGGAUUCCUUGCUUAACGACGCUGGGGUUGUUCUGGCCCAGCCUGCUGUUGCUACCCCUGCUGGGCCUUCAGAUCAGAUUGUGAAGGAUAAAGCUGACGGGGUCUCCAAGGACGCUCCUGCCGCUUAAUCCUUCAUUAGUUGUAAUUCUUGAACAAUGUCUUUAAGUGCCCGUAUGUUUGUUGGGGCUUUUCGUUUGUAAUUCAAUCUAUCCCUUGUUGUCCGUUACUUUGCACAUAUACACUUGUCUUUUUAUUGUUUGACUAAUUUUAAUGUGAUCGUCUAUUAUUUUGUAUUUUAGCCUUUUUGGUUAGCUCGUCAUCUUUACAGGCUUGU